AUGGCGCCGAGGGCGACUAUCCAACCGCCGCUGGACACAGUGCGCGAUGUCCUCUCCCAGUCAAAAGGUGCACCGCAUGCGCCGAAUAUGGUCCCAGUCAGCGCUUCGAUACCCGCCGACCUCCUCACUCCUACCCUGGCAUAUUUAAAGAUUGCUGCAAAAUCGGAUCGCUCGUUUUUAUAUGAAAGUGCUGCGACUACAGAGACAAUUGGGAGAUAUAGCUUUGUUGGGGCCGAUCCUAAGAAAGUUCUCACAACUGGACCUGGCCAUGGACCGGCGUGCGAUCCGUUACCACUCCUUGAAAAGGAGCUGUCCCAGUUCCGCGUUGCUACGAUUCCCGGUGUACAACUUCCGCCAAUGGCUGGGGGAGCUAUUGGGUAUGUUGGAUAUGACUGCGUGAGAUAUUUUGAGCCAAAAACUGCUCGGCCGAUGAAGGAUAUCCUUGGUGUUCCCGAGUCGCUAUUUAUGUUGUGUGACACGAUUAUUGCUUUCGAUCAUUUCUUCCAGGUCGUCAAGGUCAUUACGUAUAUGGCCGUCCCGGAGAGUGAAGAAGGACUCGAAGCAGCAUAUCAGACUGCUGGGAAAAUCAUCCAAUCGACGAUUAAUAUACUCUUGGAUCCGAAUGUGCCGCUGCCUCCACAACCUCCGAUCAAACGAGAUCAGGUCUAUACGUCAAAUAUUGGGCAAGAAGGGUAUGAGACCCAUGUGAAACGGAUGAAGGAACAUAUCGUAAACGGAGACAUCUUUCAAGCUGUUCCGUCUCAACGACUUACUCGCCCAACCACUUUACAUCCCUUUAACUUAUACCGGCAUCUACGCACCGUGAAUCCAUCUCCAUAUCUCUUUUAUAUCGAUUGCGGCAACUUCCAGAUUGUUGGUGCCAGCCCCGAGCUUCUCGUCAAAGAUGAGGGGCGAAAAAUUAUUUCGCACCCUAUUGCAGGCACCGUGAAGAGGGGGAAGACACCGGAAGAGGACGCAAAAUUGGCAGCAGAACUUAGGGGAAGCUUGAAAGAUCGUGCGGAGCAUGUGAUGUUGGUUGACUUGGCUAGAAACGACGUCAACCGAGUCUGUGACCCUGCCACAACCCAGGUUGACCGCCUUAUGGUCGUCGAAAAAUUCUCACAUGUACAGCAUCUCGUAUCGCAGGUGUCGGGGAUUUUACGCGAGGAUAAAACCCGCUUUGAUGCAUUUCGUUCCAUAUUCCCUGCUGGUACCGUCAGCGGUGCCCCGAAGGUCAGGGCUAUGGAGCUAAUUGCAGAGAUGGAGGGAGAAAAACGAAGUAUAUACGCCGGUGCCGUUGGUUACUUCGGCUAUAAUACUAGUGCCUUGAAUGGACAACGGAUAGUUGACGGCACGAUGGAUACUUGCAUUGCUCUCCGGACGAUGGUCUUGAAGGACAAUGUUGCAUACCUGCAAGCAGGAGGAGGGAUCGUUUUCGACUCUGAUCCGUAUGAUGAAUACGUGGAAACAUUGAAUAAGCUGGGAGCGAAUAUUCAAUGUAUUAAAGGAGCGGAGGAGCGAUAUUUGGAGCUCGAGCAGGAAGUUGUGAGUAGCUCUUCCGCCUAG